AUGGCGGCGGAGAAAGAGAGGGUUGCUGGGCCAGAGAAACGUGCGAAUGGGCCUCUCCCAGUCAACAACGGUUGAACCGCGUAGCAUCGACGAAGAGCUCGCCGCACGCCUCAGGAACAUGGCAACUCGGGUUAGAAAAAGUGUCACGGAGGGCUACGCUCCCUCUGCCCCCGGCGCACCCAACAUCCCCCGCAUCACGUCCAGGCUCCCUUUCACCAGGUCCGCAUCCUUCCAGUCCGCGAACGACGCACUCAAGGAUGCCUACGCAUCACACGCAACAAUGCUUUCGCCUCGAGGGGAUGACGACGACGACGACGAUAUCGAUCUGGAUGGAGACGCGAGCGACCUGCGUAUCCCUGCCGGUCAAUUUCAGGCGAAUGAUUCCAUGCGUCCGGUCAAGCCUCUUCCAGCAGCUAGGCGAGGCGGCAUGCGCUCCUUCUCCGAAGGUGCCCUACCCUACGGAAGGCGUACUAAUGCGCACUGA